UCUCAUUACCUCUCGUCUUCAUUGUACGUCGCCUCUUCUCCCUCUUUUUCAUGUUCUAACCUGGUCUCACUCAGACGAUACUUGCUGGAAGGAAAUUCGAAAUAGAAAAAACACCCUCGCCGACGCCAAAAUGAUCAUCACACGUCUUAUCUCUCUUACGAACUUCGCCGUCGCAUCGUCCGCGCUUGGCUUCCAGGUUUUCGUCUUGUACCCAUGGCAUAUCCAGCUGGACAACUCGUUUGAGGAACUCAAGAAGGAACAUCUCAGGGUUCUGGAUGCAGUCAGGGAGGUCGCGAAGGAGAUUGAUCCGGAUUCGAGGAAAGGAGUGGCCGACUCCAUUUUGGGACGCUUGGGAAUCAGCGCUUUCAGUGUCAAAAGUUUGUUUUUGCCUAAGCCAGAAUCUCCCGUUACCCAGAGUGUUUUCGACAACAGUAAUCCUGUAAAAUAUGUCGCAGACGGCGUCGCCAGUAUCCCUCCCCUGUCGAUAAGUCCAGGGAUGAAACUUUCCGAGUUCGCAAGAUACGCUUUCUCGGGGGCUAUCUGCUGUUCAUUUACUCAUGCCAUACUGACUCCAGUCGAUGUGGUCAAGACCCGGGUUCAGCUCGAACCAGUUAAAUAUAAUAGAGGCCUAGCAGGCGGGAUGCGCCAGAUCGUCGUCAACGACCGUGCUGGAGCACUCUUGACAGGAUUCGGGCCGACGGUAACGGGAUAUUUCCUGCAAGGAGCAUUCAAAUUCGGUGGCUACGAGUUUUUCAAAAGACAGACGAACGACUUUCUAGGACCGGAAAAAGCGGCUGCAAACCGGAGCGCCGUAUACCUUGCCUCCUCUGCUGCGGCCGAAUUUCUCGGCGAUAUUCUGCUUUGCCCAUUCGAGGCUGUUCGUAUUAGAUUAGUAUCCCAACCCACAUUUGCUCCUAACAUGCUGUCCGCAUUCGGUAGGAUGGUCAAGCACGAGGGAAUGGCCGGCCUUUACUCUGGGUUCAUGCCGAUAGUGUUGAAACAGGUCCCGUACACGAUGGCGACGUUUGUGGUGUAUGAAAAAGCUCUCGAAGUAGCGCAUUCCUGGAUCAAUAAAGAAACAGCAUCGAACACAACACUUUCGGGAGUAAAUCUCGGUUGUGGUCUUACUGCUGGUAUGGCAGCUGCGAUAGUUUCACAGCCCGCGGAUACGGUGUUGAGCAAGAUCAACAAAGAAAAGGGACGACCGGGUGAAGGAACUGCACGACGUAUCUUCAACAUCGUCAGUCAGCUUGGCUUACGCGGAAGCUACGCCGGUAUUGGACCUCGGUUGGUCAUGGUGGGAGGUAUGACGGCCGUCCAGUUCGGAAUAUAUGGCCAUAUCCAGAGAGCUUUGGGCGCAACUAAGAGCACUACUGAAGUUAAGCAAGAAAAGCCUAAGGUUAUGGAGGCAGUUAACCUCCUGCAAACCGCAAAGUAUUAAUGUCAAAACAGGAUAAAUAACUUAUACGUUUGGUAUAAUACCUGCCGUAUAAAUUUCAUCAGGGACCGGAUGAUGCUGGCAUCGAAAUCCGGUAUUUUGUCCUAGCGCAACGUUGCGCGUGUGAUACCGAACAGAUGUCAUGCGAAAACGAUUGGGCACGAAUUUAAUAGAUCCGAUGUUUAUUUGUAUAUAUAUUGGUCGAUAGGUAGAUGGUAGAGAUAAAAGGAUAAAAGGAUUCGGGUAUAUAAUUUAGAGUAUAAUAGAGGAAUAAAAGGAGGCUUGAUAGUAUUGUAUUGUUGUGUUGUGUAAUGUUGGCUCGCUCCUUAGACAAACGAUGAAAAGUUAUC